GGCCUAGUAGUUAAGUAGGCCAUGGUAAUUCUGAAUUUUUCUGAUGACGUUUACGUGUAUGUGCCCUACCCUCACGUGUCAUCGUAAUCCUGUACAUUGGGGACAUUGCAGUUCCAUUUCAUUAGUCUUCAGAAUCGCGUCCACUACUCGUCUCUUUGAUACUAUUGGUAUUACGAUUGAUAUUUGACAGGUUACAAAAGAUGGCUGAUCCCAAUGACCAGCAAGUAUCUCAUCCUCAAGGAAUCAGAUCUGGGGGAUCUGGGAACAUAGAAUAUCAUAGAUACAUCACUGUGCACCGUAUUAAACACGAAUUGAAAGAACUUUUAAACAGUGAUGAGGUCGCAUGGUGUUCUAACCAUGUUGAACUGGUCGGCGAAAGUUUUGCUGAAUUGAAGGGAGAGAUAGCUGGUCCACCUGAUACUCCAUAUGAAGGUGCAAGAUUCCAAUUAGAAAUCAAGGUUCCUGAGAGAUAUCCUUUUGUCUCUCCCAAUUAUCGGUUUGUCACCAAAAUUUGGCAUCCGAAUGUUUCUUCAGUUACUGGAGCUAUCUGCCUAAAACAUCAAUGGGCUGCUGUUAUGACUCUACGAACUGCACUCCUAUCGUUGCAAUUAUUAUUGGCCUCACCAGAACCAGAUGAUCCUCAAGAUGCAGUAGUUGCUUGGCAAUGCAAAGAUAAGCCUCAGAUUUUUCAGCUCACAGCCCAACACUGGGCAAAUGCUUAUGCAGGAGGUCCUUCCGUUAAUCCUGACUAUGAGAACAAAAUUCGGCGACUAAAAGAUCUUGGUGUAACAGAAAUGAACGCACGAGCAUCACUUUCCUCGUGUGACUGGGAUUUAGAACGCGCAACUGAACAGAUCUUUAGUUAGUGAUUUACAUCGUUUUAAGCCCUUUUUUACGUAAGCAAAAUGUUAUUGCCUACAGUUUUGUGAGUGAAUGGCUGAGGUGUUUGAUCAAUUUAUAUGAAAUUCUUUGCUU